AUGGAACUGGAGCCACAUCUUACAAAGCUCUUUAUCAAUAAUGAGUCAUAUAUUUCGGUAUAUAACCCUGCAAAUGGCCAAUUAGUCAGUAAUCAGAUCCCCAUCGCUGGUGAACAAGAUGUCGACGAGGCUGUCCGAAUAGCUAAUGAAGCCUUUGCCAUCGAUUCGCCAUGGCGCCGGAUGACCAAUAUCGAACGGCAAAUGCUCCUACUCAAGUUCGCGGACCUCCUGGAAGCCAAUCAAGAACGGUUAGCACAAUUGACGCGGGUUACACUGGGGGCUCCCUUUCACCCAUUUGGGCGUAGUGAGAUCGGCACGGCAAUUGGAUGUUUUAGGUAUUAUGCUGGAUGGAUUGACAAGUAUGGCGGGCAAACAUUCCCCGCCGAUGAUGGCGUUUACAAGAUUGUGCGUAACGAGCCGUUGGGAGUAGUUGCAGGUAUUGUUCCCUGGAACGGCCCGUUGGCAUCGGUCGGUCUCAAAGCCGCCCCAGCUUUAGCCACUGGCAACGUAUUCAUCCUGAAACCAAGCGAGAAGACGCCUCUAAUGGCCGCUGAGCUUGGGAAGCUGGUCCUUGAGGCUGGAUUUCCCCCGGGUGUCUUCCAAGUACUUACUGGAGACGGUAGCACUGGGGCUUUGCUGGCUUCGCAUAUGCAGGUCGCAAAGGUCAGCUUUACUGGAAGUAUUACUACUGGCAAAGCUGUUCAAGUGCUUGCUGCGAAAAGCAAUCUGAAGAGGGUUACUCUAGAACUAGGAGGUAAAAGCCCGGCGAUAGUUUUCGAUGACGCUCACUUGGAGAAUGCUAUAAAAUGGAAUGUCAAUGCCCUCACAACCAAUAGCGGACAGAUAUGCUUCGCAGCAACACGAGUUUACGUUCAAGAAAAACUUUACGAUAGAUUCCUGGAAGGAUAUAUUGCUGCGCUCAGAGCGAAGGCUAAUGUUAUCGGUGAUCCCGAGCUCAAGGAUGUAGAGAUCGGUCCUGUAGUAGAUAAGUCCCAAUUUGAUCGAAUUAUGGGCAUCAUUUCCCGUGCGCGGGACAAUAAUGAGGGAGCUUUGUGUUAUGGCGGAAAGGCUCUCGGAGAAAAGGGAUACUUUAUCGAGCCUACAGUCUUUUCAGAUACCAUAGAUGGUGCCACUAUCUACAAGGAAGAGAUAUUUGGACCUGUAGUGGUCAUCAACAAAUUCCAUGAUGAGAGCGAGAUCAUUGCCCGUGCCAAUGAUAGUAAGUACGGGUUAAUGUCCGGUGUUUUCACUCAGGACAUUCAGAGAGCCAUUAGAAUAAGUUCGGCCGUUGACUCGGGGGUUGUUGGUAUAAAUUGUAUUAGUACAAUAUCCUUUUCAUGCCCAUUUGGUGGGACAAAAGAAAGUGGUCUUGGAAGAGAGAUGGGCGAACAUGCCUUGCGCUCAUAUACAGAACCGAAGACUGUACUUAUAAAUCUGAACUAUUGA